AUGUCAAGGCAGCUUGCAUGCGAUAGUUUGCCCGCGAGCUCCCACCUUCCGCACCCCUCUGAAGUGCGUCCAGUUAAAGCAAGCUUUCAUCGAUCGGAGCCCCUGUCUUCGCGGUCUCAUUGCAGGAUUCGCUGCGUCGGACUCAAUCAGAACGGGCAAAAACUGCUCAAUCAGGAGAGCACAGGAGCCAACACCAUGGAGCUGCAGCUUAGUGUGACCGUCCGCUACGUCGCGCGGCAUUCCGAUGUCAUCGGGGACGUGCUGGGCCAUUUCGAGAGCCCUGCUUGGGUGCGGCUCGUAUUGAGACAGACUAUGCCGCAGUUGAAGCAGAUCUCGCCCACCGACCCGAACGAGCUCACCAAGAUGGUGCGCAACACAGAAAACAGUGCUAAACAGGAAACAAACUGCGCCAUUUGCAUGGGGGAAGAACCUACCGACACCGCACCGGUCGAACUGCCGUGCAGCCACAGAUUCCAUUCUACCUGCGCGCAGUCGUGGCUCCAGCGCCGCAGCACAUGCCCGCUGUGUCGAUUCCAGCUUCCAACAGCAUACACAGGCACCUUCGCGAUCGUAUCCGUGCGGUCGACUCUGCUACUGCCACCGGAGCUUGACGGACUGUCGCUAUCGGGGUUGCAAGUUCAACCUGUCGGUGGCCAAAUACUGCAAGCCACAGUGACUAUCACCAUGACAAGGAUACCAGCGGAGACGACGUUGGACACUGCAAAGCGGCGAAGGUCGUGCCAAGUGAGUGUGGACAUGCUGCACGCUAAUGGAUCAUCGGCGUUAACGCCACUUGGUCGGAACGCCAAACGAAAACGAGAAGAAAAAAGUCGAAAAGGUAAAGGAUAUGACGCUAAGGAAGAUGUCUGCAAGAGAGCUCGGAUGACCGCCUAA